AUGUCAGGUAAAAUGAUGCAAGAAUACUACUUGGCUUGCCAAAAUGGUGAUUUAGAUACAGUGACGAAGUUGGUAACAGACAACAAAAUAAAAGUUAAUAAUGAUAGUCAUCCAGACACCGGAAUGACUGGUUUACACUGGGCUGCAAUAAAUAAUCAACUCCUAAUAUGUGAUUUUCUAUUGAAAAAUGGGGCUCUAAUAAAUGCAAGAACUUCUAAACAAUACACUUUAUCAGAAAUGACUCCCUUACAGAUAGCUACAAAAUACAGUUACAUAUAUAUCGUUCAUUAUUUAUUAAAACAUAACGCAGAUCCACUAGUAUUAACAUCUACAGAUGCCAAUCUAUUGCAUCUAGCUGUUGAAAGUUCGAAUGCGAUGAAUGUCAUCCAUACGAUAUUAUUUGUUAACGAACCAUUUAAUAUUCCAGUAGAUCAACAGGAUUCCUUUGGUAGUACGGCAUUACAAAUAGCUAUUAAGCAACAAGAUAUCAAUUCAGUGAAAAUUUUAUUACAAUUUGGUGCUAAUCUUACAGUACGCGAUAGUAAGAAUAAAUCCGCUUUAAAAUAUGCUGCCAUUAAACAUAACAAAGAUAUUAAUAUAUUAUUGUCUAGACACCUAAUGAAUAAAUAUCAAAGCAUACCAAUAACUGAAGAGGAACCUGAUUUGGUUUCCUUUUAUAUGGCAUCCAAAUAUUCAGCAAGUAAUGUUAUCUUAGCUAAACGGAUUACAUUUAUGGUUCCUACAUUAGUAUUAUUUAUAUUCGCAUUGUUUUCCAGGUAUAACACAAUUAUUGGUUUGAUUGCGUUAUUUAUUUCUGCUCAAAUAGUGGAUAGAAUCCUUUAUAAAAAUUUAUUGCCUUUGUACAGUUAUGAUAAGAGUCCUCGGAAGGCCUUAGCACACUCACCGAUUGUAUCAGGGUUGUUUUUUGCUUUAUUGAAUUUUAUUACAUUUACCUGGUUUACAAAACUAAAUUAUGUUGUACUACAACAUAAUUUAUUCCCAGCAAUUACAUACCAAGUAACCUUAAUAAUAACAUAUUUUCUAUUCGUGAAAAUAUUAAGGUCCAAUCCUGGUAAUAUACCAAGUGAAUCUGAUUUUAAUAUUAUAAGAAAAGAGGCUAACACAUUGAUCAAGCAAGGGAAAUUCAAUGACUAUUAUUUCUGUCUUGAAACAUGGUUUAGGAAAUCAUUAAGAAGCAAAUUUUCCGAUAUAUCACAGUGUCAGGUAGCUAGAUAUGACCAUUAUUGUUCUUGGUUGAAUAACGAUAUUGGUCUAUUCAAUCAUAAACCAUUUAUCGUUUUUUUAUUCUCAUUGGAAAUAGCGUUAUUAACAUUUCUUUAUCUAAUGAUAAAAUAUUUCAAUCAAAUCGAUUUGUUUUCUAUUAUUGACGCUUUACAUCCUUUCAGAUUUAGUUUGCCGCAAAAUCCUGAUGCUGAUUCUUUUGGUACAUUGUGUCUAUUAUUAAUAUUUGUAAUUUAUCAAUCCAUUUAUGUCAUGAAUAUUAUCUUUCAACAAAUAUACGCUAUAUCUAAAGGCCUGACAUGUUUAGAUAUUAAGACGCUAUACGAAUUAGAAAAAAAUAGCACCGUUCUGUUCUCGAAGCCAUUUAUUCAAAAUGAUUAUUACAAUAUUAAUAAUGAGGAACUUACUCUAUUAAAUAACAAAUCAUUUGUUACAAAUAUUGCCAUAGGUGACGACACUACUAUAUCAAAUACUGGUAUGAUAUCCGGGAACGACUAUUCCAAAUUGGUUUCAAGAAUAACCUCCAGAAGAUUAUUGGAAUCUAGACAACGAAAACAGGGUAUAAGAGAUGGGUUCAUGAAAUUUUUCGGUUUUGAUAUGUGGACGGUUAUUAGCCAUUGCAACGAAGAGAUAGCAAUAUAUGACGAUUGUGAACUACCGAACGAAAUAUUGCAACCUACUAGAUACGGUAUUAUUAGAAAUAUGAAAGAUUUUUGGUUAACAUCAAACUUAAAUAGUAAUAUUUUUAUAAGAUUAUUCUCCUGGAAUAAGGAUUCGACGGCCCUAUUGAAUGGUUCUCCAGUGGAUUACUACCAUUUGUGGAAACUCCCUGUUAAAGAAACUGGGUUAUUACCUAUCGAGCGAACCGUAUCUGGAUCUAGACUGGUUUGA